UGUAGAGUUAGCCGCUCUGGAAGAUGACGCACUGUUGGAAUACGCAAUAAGGAUUACUCCGUUGCAGUGAUUUGUCAUUCUAGGACAGUGUCGAGGACCGUUAUAUUUGUCUUCUUUUCACAGACUUUUUCAAGAUGCCUCGUUCAUUUCUUGUGAAAAAACAUUUCAACUCUACCAAGAAACCUAAUUACAGUGAACUGGAAAGUCCAACAGUAUUUUUAUCGCCAUACCUGCUGAAAAGCCUUCCAGUGCCUGUAAUACCUCAACCAGAAGUUCUUAGCCCGGUGGCAUACAAUCCAAUCACCGUGUGGACUACAAGCAACUUGCCGCUUUCGCCCCUUCCCAGCGAUCUAUCUCCUGUGUCCGGUUACCCGUCGCCGCUUUCUGACACCUCUUCUAAGGGCCAUAGCGGCUCAGAAAGUCCGAGGAGCGAUGAUGAUGAACGGAUGUCUUCCAAACUGUCUGACUCGCACACUUCGGACGCAGAGAAGUUUCAAUGCAGUUUGUGUAACAAAUCGUACUCCACGUACUCGGGACUGAUGAAACACAAACAAUUGCACUGCGACGCACAGACGAGGAAAUCUUUUAGUUGCAAAUACUGCGAAAAGGAGUAUGUCAGUCUUGGGGCCUUAAAGAUGCAUAUACGGACACAUACACUGCCUUGCGUUUGUAAAAUGUGCGGAAAAGCCUUCUCCAGACCGUGGUUGCUUCAGGGACACAUCAGAACGCAUACCGGUGAGAAACCGUUCUCCUGCCCUCACUGCAGCCGAGCGUUUGCAGACAGGUCCAACCUCAGGGCCCACCUGCAGACUCACUCAGACGUGAAGAAAUACCAGUGCAAAAACUGCUCCAAAACCUUCUCCAGGAUGUCCCUUCUGCACAAACAUGAGGAGUCAGGCUGCUGCCUAGCCCACUGACAGGUCCACAUAAAGAAAGAGCUCUCUGACCUUAAGGUGCCUUACGAUUUAAGCCACUUUUCCCUCUCUGUGCAGGGGGAAAAAGCAUGUUCAGUGAACACCCAGUAGCCUUAACUCCACUUGUGCCUUUGACUUACUUUUCUGUUCCUUUCAGUUAAAAAAUAUCAGUUUAUCAUAUGCUCUGUCAUGUGCUUCCUAUUUUAACAGUAUUCUUACUGUUUUCAUCAGUGUUGGGCUUUUGCCCUGUGUACUGUCUUAUUGUUUACUGUUAUGUGCUUUUUGAGAGGGCAUAAUAAGAACUACAUAUGCCCUCACUUGAGUAGUAAUCUUUGCCCAUUAUUUUACAUUACUGGAUGUCUAAGGGUAUGACAACUGCUCUCUUGUUAUUGCUGUUGUUGUAUUUCAUGGCAGGUGUUUGGUGAUCAAGCCAAAGAAUUGCGAAGCAAAAAAAAAAAGAGACCAAAGCCAUUGUUACAGCGGGAACAAGUGCAAAGCAUAUUUUUGUUUGUUUGUUUGUUUGUUUGUUUUAAUUGAAAAUAUUUAAACUGUUUCAUGAACAGCCAGGAGAGCACACCAGCAUUCAGACUCAUAAUGUUCUGUCAAGUGCCUUUUAAAGUUUUGGCAUCUUGCCAGAGAUAUUGCCCAAGACUUUGUGUUCAAUAUUUUUAUAUGUUUGAAUGUAUGUGUGACUGAAAUGAUUGUAUUUUGAUAGUAUGCAUUUUAAAAGUGGAAUGGGUGGUAUUUUUGUAUUUCUUUUUUAUACCUUAUGAAUAAAGUUUCCUGAUUAUUUUAA